AUGGAUUUCCUUCAUAGGAACGGAGUGCUCAUUAUUCAGCAUUUGCAGAAGGACUACCGAGCUUACUACAGUUUUCUAAAUUUUAUGUCCAAUGUUGGAGAUCCCCGGAAUAUCUUUUCUAUUUAUUUUCCACUUUGGUUUCAACUUAAUCAGGCAGUUGGAACCAAGAUGAUAUGGGUAGCAGUCGUUGGGGAUUGGUUCAAUCUUAUUUUUAAAUGGAUAUUAUUUGGUCAUCGGCCUUACUGGUGGGUCCAAGAAACUCAGAUUUACCCAAAUCACUCAAGUCCAUGCCUUGAACAGUUCCCCACUACGUGUGAAACAGGUCCAGGAAGUCCAUCUGGCCAUGCAAUGGGCUCAUCAUGUGUCUGGUAUGUCAUGGUGACAGCUGCCCUGGGCCACACCAUCAGUCGGAUGGAUAAGUCAUUCACCACUCUGCACAGACUCACCUGGUCAUUUCUUUGGAGUCUUUUUUGGUUGAUUCAAAUCAGUGUCUGCAUCUCCAGAGUAUUCAUAGCAACACAUUUUCCUCAUCAAGUUAUUCUUGGAGUAAUUGGUGGCAUGCUUGUGGCAGAGGCCUUUGAACACACUCCAAGGAUCCAAACGGCCAGCCUGAGCACAUACUUGAAGACCAACCUCUUCCUCUUCCUGUUUGCACUUGGCUUUUACCUGCUUCUCAGACUGCUUGACAUUGACCUGCUGUGGUCUGUGCCCAUAGCCAAGAAGUGGUGUGCCAACCCUGACUGGAUCCACAUUGACACCACGCCUUUUGCUGGACUCGUGAGAAACCUUGGGGUCCUCUUUGGCCUGGGCUUUGCAAUCAACUCAGAGAUGUUCCUUAGGAGCUGCAGAGGGGAAAACGGCUAUAGGCUGAGCUUCCGGCUGCUCUGCACCCUGGCCUCGUUGACCACACUGCAGCUCUACCAUUUCGUCAAGAUCCCGACUCACACGGAGUAUUUAUUUUACAUGCUGUCUUUCUGUAAAAGUGCGUCCAUCCCACUGACUGUGGUUGCCCUGAUUCCCUACUGUAUUCAUAUGUUAAUGAAACCAAGUGAAAAAAAGAUUAAUUAG